UCGUUUCCGCUGAUUCAUUAAACAUGGCGAAUCCAUACAAACUUAGGUGUAAUCUAACCGGUCAUGACAAAGAUGUUCGUGCUCUUACUACAUCCAUUUUUCCAGAAAAUGGUUUAAUAUCAGGUUCUAGAGACAAUACCAGUUGCAUUUGGGUUGAAAGCAAGGAAGCCAAUUCUUUUCGCAGGGAACUUGUUUUAAAGGGACAUAGUAAUUUUGUGUCAAGUAUCUGUGUUACUCCCCCUGAUGAUAACUAUCCCAAAGGACUGAUUGUUACUGGGAGCAAUGAUAAAACUAUUCUUGCUUACAUACCUGGAAAUCCAGAGCCAGUAUUCAAACUCAUAGGCCAUGAAGGAAAUGUAUGUGCACUGGCAUCAGGAAUGUUUGGCUUUCUUCUUAGUGGCUCAUGGGACACAACUGCUCGUGUAUGGUUGAACCAAAAGUGUGUCAUGAUUCUUGAAGGUCAUACCUCAGCAGUCUGGGCUGUGGGCAUCAUCUCAGGUCAAGGUGUCAUGUUGACUGGAUCAGCUGAUAAAACCAUCAAGGCUUGGAAAGCUGGCAAAUGUAUACAGACUUUUAAAGGCCAUGAAGAUUGUGUAAGAGCUCUAGCAGUAGUCAAUGAGAGCGAGUUUCUCUCAAGUUCUAAUGAUGCCACUGUAAGGCGAUGGGCAUUAAACACAGGAGACUGCCUAGCAAUAUACUAUGGUCACACAAAUUAUGUUUAUAGUUUAUCCAUUUUACCUAAUGGUCAGGACUUUAUAACAGGUGGUGAAGACCGCACUAUGAGGGUCUGGACUGAUGGUAGAUGUGUACAAACCAUUUACCAUCCAUGUGAGUCUGUUUGGACAGUAUGUGCUCUGGCUAAUGGUGACAUAGCCUCAGGCUCCAGUGAUGGUAUCAUAAGGGUCUUCACCCAAGUUCCAGAGCGUGUUGCCAGUGCAGAAGUUCUAGAGGCUCAUGAGGCUUCCUUAGCUUCAGCACCAGUUUCUAAUCAGCCUCUUGGGGACAUAAAAGUGGAAGAUUUACCUGGGCCUGAAAGUCUUAGAAAACCUGGUAAAAAAGAUGGGCAGACUACCAUGGUGAACACAGGUGGGUCAGUAGAAGUCUACCAGUGGGAUGCCAGUCAGUCAAAAUGGAUAAAGAUUGGUAAUGUGGUUGGCUCCAGUGGUAGCACUCAAAGAACUUCAGGGAAAACAUUGUUUGAGGGCAAGGAAUACGACUAUGUUUUCACUGUCGAUAUCAAAGAAGGUGCCCCUCCACUAAAGUUACCUUACAAUAUUAGUGAAGAUCCCUGGAUGGCAGCCCAGAAGUUUCUUCACCAACAUGAGCUGUCUCAAGCCUUUCUCGACCAAGUAGCCCACUUCAUCAUGGACAAUACUAAGGGUGUGACACUGGGCACAGGCUCUGCCCUGGCGCACUCUGAUCCCUUCACUGGUGGUGACCGCUACAUUCCUGACAAAGAUGACUCCAAUAUGGAUGUUUCACUGCAUGCCUCUGACCCAUUCACUGGCUCUGGGAGAUAUGUGCCAGAUGGCAAUUCUAGUGCUGGUCAGAUUAAUACUAAUGGACACUAUCCAGUCAAGACCUCAGUAUUCUUCGAUGCUUCUUCUCCUGCUGAUCAAAUAUUAGGAAAAUUAAAAGAUUUUAAUCAAACUGUAGAGCCCAGUCUGCAAGUACCUCAGGAAUCUCUCAGUUCUUUAAUUCAUUUACUGAGUGGUCAGACAGAUGCUGAAGGAGUUACAACUUUAAGCAAAUUGAUUUCCUGGCCUUCAGAGUUAGUGUUUCCUGCUUUAGAUAUACUCAGACUCAGUGUAAAGAACAGUUCCAUCUGUUCCACUUUCUGCUCAAAUCCCAACUUUGUGGACCUUUUGUGCCAACAUGCCAGUCAAGGAAACAGCCAAGCCUGUCGCAUGCUGGCCAUGAGGACACUGGCCAACCUCUUCCGACAUCCAGAUGGUGCUGCCCUGAAUAUCCAAGAAAUUGAUGCCAUUCUGCAAUCUGUAAUCAAUGGCAAAGAUUUGACCAUCAAAAAUGGCCAAACUGCAGUAACAACUGUUUUACUGAACUAUUGCAUCAAGCUGAGUGGAUUGGAUGACCUUGAGAGUAAAUCCAAGUGUCUUCAGGCAGCUGGAGAGCUUUUGUCUGCCCAGCUGGAGCCAGAAGCUUCUUAUCGAGUGUUGGUUGGCAUAGGAACACUGGUUCAUACAGAUGAUGGUUGUAAAGCUUUGUCUCACUCCAUUGACUUGCCGCUGGUCUUGACAAAGUUCACUAACUCUGACACAAGUAAGCUAGCGGAGUGUGCCAAGUUGUUGUUACAAACCCUGGCCAGUUGAACAGAGUCUCCAUUGCUUUUUUUUUUUUUCUUUGUUUUCUGUUUUGUUAUUUAUUUUUUUUGACUAUUUUGUUUUCAAACAUCUGAUUGAAUGUUACAUCUUCUGAUGAUACAAGAUAUGAAUCUGUUAGCUAUUUGAAGAAAAGUUGUUUUGAUAGUAUUGAUUUAAAUGUGUGUACAAAAAAUUACAAUCCAAAUGUAAAAUGAAUGAAACUGAAACAAUAAUAAAAAAUGUACAUAAAUUGACAGUGUAAAGUAAUAACAAAAGAUCAAACCAGUAAGCGGGUCAAAUUUGAUAAAUAGUUUUAUUUAAAGAAUAAUAUGCCAUUUAAGGAUUACACCAACAGUAAUAAGUUUGAAAUUCUGAUUUCUCAAUACCGUUGUCAUGUCAUAUAUAAUAAAAUAGUGUUUCAAAAAAUUCUUUUUACAUUGUGUAGUGUCUCAUACAAAACUUUGGAGAUUGAAGGAAUGCUUUCUGUACACUAUGAAGAAUAAAGCCAUGUGUGUAUAAUAUAUAGGUCAGUGUUUGUACCAAUAAAUUGAUUGAAAAAAAGAAGAGCCAAAACACUUUGUUUCAAAAUACCAAAAAGUAAUGUGCAUGUUAAGUACAUCUGCGUGUUGGAAUAUUAAACUGCUCAUACAAAAUA